AUGACUGAUGCCUUGCCUACUUUAGCCUCCAUGGUCAAAGUGAACAAACAAGAGAAUGUAAAACCUAUCCAGAUGAGCAUUUAUGAGGCCUCGACCCAUUGUUACAUCAUUGAGGAAAAAGAAAGGGAUGAUCACCUUUGGUACCAUGACAUAUUGCAAUAUGUAAAGAACCGUGAAUACCCUGGGCAGACAAUUGAGAAUGAUAAAAGGACACUAAGAAGGUUGGCCAAUGAGAAUGUCCUAGAUGGGGAGAUCCUUUACAAAAAAAGAAAGGAUCGGAUGUUACUAAGAUGUGUGGAUGCUGUUGAAGCCAAAAAAAUCCUGGAAGAAGUCUAUGAAGGCGUUUGCAGAACACACACUAAUGGGUUUAUAGUGGCUAGGAAAAUCAUGAGAUUCGGAUAUUAUUGGUCCACCAUGGAAUGA